AAAUAAUAUUACUAGUGUGGGAAUGGGCGUGCGGUGCACGUGGAACGUUCUCCUUGAGCUUUUUCAAGAAAGGCUACCGAUCUUUUGGAAUGAAGCAAACUCAUCGUUCGCGACAUCAAUUUCAGUGAUCUUCCCAUUUACCAGCGCUAAUCGGUCGGGUUAAGAUCAUUGGCCUUGCUUCGGUUAUCUGUUGGUAGCUCCUGCAUGGCUAGUAAACUUGGCUAGACAGACAUUUAACGAGGUACUAUCGGAUGUUAUUGAAGAAUAUGGCUGAAGAAUCUAAGAAUGAUGCUGCUGAAUCUGCCACGCCUACAGACAAUGAGAUUAAGACAAAAAAGAAGAAGAAAGGAAUUUUUUCAAGAUUAUGGAAUGCAAUAUUCAGAGUACAUGGGGAUGAUUUUGAGAAACGACUGGAACAUAUAUCUAAGGAAGAGGCUGCUGUUCUUGCCAGAAUUACAAAGCGCUCUCAUAGUUCCCGGAGAAUGACUAAGCACGUAAUUAUAUUCUCUCUUCUUUUUGAGGUAAUUGCCGUGGGUUAUGCUGUCUUGAGCACAAGAUCUUUAGAUUUAAAUUGGAAAACAAGAGCAUUGCGUGUCUUCCCGAUGUUUUUGCUACCAGUGUUAAGUUUUGUUUCUUAUACAGUUAUGAGAAGCUUCACAAGGAUGCGUGACAAGAAGGACCAUAAGACAUUGGAAAAACUUCGGGCUGAGAGACAAGCGAAAAUAGAUGAACUGAAAGAAAGGACAAAUUACUACAUUACUCAACAAUUAAUACAGAGGUACGACUCUGAUCCUGCCGCCAAGGCUGCUGCUGCCACUGUUCUCGCAUCCAAGCUAGGUGCAGACACUGGCCUUAAAGUAUACUUCGAAGAUGAGUCUGCCAUGAGCGCCCCUAUUGGAAAGAGUAAUGAUGCUGAAUUUGCCAGGACUGGUGGACUUCGCAAUAGAAAGUCGCCUCUGCCCCAGUCACGAGCAAGUGGCAUGGAAAUGGGAUCCAUGAAUCAUCUCGAUGGAGGAAUGCUACAUUCUGAGUUCGAGGGUGCUGACUUGUCCCAGCGGCAUCCGAGGGUUGUCGAGCAUCACACUCAAACAGGUUUGGGCUCCACUAAUGAAGGAUGGAUUGCUAGACUUGCUGCCUUGCUCGUGGGAGAGGACCCCACCCAGUCUUAUGCGCUUAUAUGUGGAAACUGUCACAUGCACAACGGGCUGGCGAAGAAAGAGGAUUUCCCUUACAUUACUUAUUACUGUCCUCAUUGCAAAGCCUUGAACCAGCCAAAGCAGUCUGCCGGUCAUGCUCCUGGUUCCGAUCCUCCUGGCAUGACUUUGUCGAGUGUGGCAGAUGCCGUGGCUGCAGAAGCAGAUAUUGGUGGGUCGACGGAGGAUAAGGCGCCGGAUCUGAGCGAUUCAACCACCACUGGUGAAAAGGUACCGAGCCCUGAUGGCUCUAAUGGAACUACGACUCCUGUGGCUGCCACUUGAGGAUAUUUAAAGGUUUGGGAAAUCGAUAUAUUUUGAUCCUGGCUUGGCAUAUGAUAGCGCGUGCAGUGUUUUCGUGUGAAUUGGUUUUGAGAUCUGAUACACCACACACACACUGUUUCCGUUCCGUAUAUUUGUGAUUACAAUAGUGACCUCAUUUUACAUACAUUUUACGUGUGACGAAAGGAUUGCAACAGUUGUCUUUGUUGAGAAGAUCAUACUGGUUGUCUUUCGAAGAAGAAAGAUGGGUUUUUUUUGGCGUUGGACGAGA